AUGCUCCGAGUUAUUGCUCACAAUGUCUUCCGACGUAAAUAUUCUCCUCCAAAAGCUGGAGCAGCAGCAGCUGUAAAGGUAAUUUUUGAAAAAAAAGGAGAAAAUUUUGAAAAAUCAACCGAUUUUCCAGGUUGAUAAAUCAUUUGUCGAAGAAGAUGCAGAGAAAUUGGCAACUCAUGUUUGCAUCAAUGCGUAUAUUCAAGGUAAAUUUGGAUUUUAAAAUUUUUAUAGGAAUAUUUUGAAAUCUAAUUAUGGAUGAAAACAUCCCAAUUUGUGCUCCUAAAUUUUGUUUUCAAAUUUAGAACAAAAACUGGAAUUAUGAAUAAAAAAUCGAUUGUCUCGGAAUCUUACUCCAAAAAGUUUGGGUUCCAUAAUUAUCAAAAAAAAAACUUUAAAAUUUGAGAUCAUCGAUUUUCACCGAAUUAAAGAAAUUAUUUUUAGUUAGAAGAUUCCAAAUUUUCAGUGAUUUUGAAUGCAAUUCCGAUUUGAAAAUCAAAUUCAAUAUUUUUGUAGGCGAUGAACCUGGUCCAAAAAUUCUUGCCAACUCCGAAUACCCCGAAUGGCUUUUCAAAUUGGAUCUAAAACCACCACGUGCUUUUGAAGAUUUAGAUGCUGAAAAAGAUGGUUGGGCAUAUUGGAGAGCAUUGCGAAAAAGACAAAUUGAACAAAAUCGACGAAUUCAAAACUUGAAAACACGGUUCUUGCAUCUACAAAAUAGUCCAAGUAUGAAAAAAUAA